AGCAGCAGCUACUACUACUCAGCCUGCGCCUCCCUCGUUCCCUGCACUGUGCUCGCUUCUCCAGACAGGACACCUUUGUCGUCUUCACAAGUGCUCCGAAGUCCGAACUCUUCCCCCCACGCCACACACACUCCCAUUUCGACCCAACGCCGUUUCUUCUCGCUUUCCGUCACUGCCUCGCUCCCCUUCUCGGCCUCUGGUCGGGUGUUGUCUCCGCCAUUCGCGGCGACUGCCAGCCCAGCCAUUCCUCCCUCUCUCUCUGUUCCACAUUUUCUUCACCUUCUCUGCCUCCCUCGUUUCGCUGCCGAGCAACCGCUCGAACCCCUUCUUCGCUCGGCCUCAUAAGCUUCUACUGCGGAGAAUCACAUGGAUCUUCAGCUACUUCCUCUCCGUCGUCGUUCGUGGUCCUCCCCUGCGUACGCUCUUACCCUGUUUCUCCUCAUUGUCUCCAGAGGUGCGUCCGGUGCUACGUUCACUUUCGUGAACCGGUGCCAGUACACGGUGUGGCCCGGCAUCCUGGCCAAUGCCGGCAGCCCAAGCCUGGACAGCACCGGUUUCGAGCUCCCCUCCGACUCCUCCCGCACCUUCCAGGCCCCGACCGGCUGGUCCGGCCGCUUCUGGGGCCGCACCAGCUGCAGCUUCGACGGCUCCCUCUCCGGGUCGUGCCUCACCGGCGAUUGCGGCUCCGGCCAGGUCGAGUGCAACGGCCUCGGCGCCGCCCCUCCAGCCACCCUCGCCGAGUUCACCCUCGGCUCCGGCGGCCAGGACUUCUACGACGUCAGCCUCGUCGACGGGUACAACUUGCCGAUGUUGAUAGAAGGGAGCGGCGGCUCGGGGGCGUGCGCGUCCACCGGCUGCUCAGCGGAUCUGAACCGGCAGUGCCCGGCGGAACUGAGGGUCGGGGAGGGCGACGCGUGCAAGAGCGCGUGCGAGGCGUUCGGGUCCCCGGAGUACUGCUGCAGCGGCGCGUACAACUCCCCCGUCACGUGCCGCCCCACCGUCUACUCGGAGAUGUUCAAGUCCGCCUGUCCCCGGUCGUACAGCUACGCCUACGACGACGCUACGAGCACCUUCACCUGUACCGGAGCGGACUACACGGUCACCUUUUGCCCCUCUACUACAAGCCAGAAAACAGCGAGAGAUUCGACACCAAUGACAGCAACAACAUCCACCACUCCGGCGCAAGAGUCUGGGUCUGAGUCCGGGUCUGGGACCGGGACAGGGUACUCGGGUACCGGGUCGAUGUCGGGGUCGGGGCAAGCUGUUCUGGCUGACGGGUCGUGGUUGGCCGGGUUGGCCAUGGGAGAUUCUUCGAGGAUUGCCUCUCCAUGUGCUCUGCAGUCAUCUGCAGCUAUUUGCCUUUUCGUUCUCUUCCUCAUGCUCUCCUCUUUUCGCUUGUAGCUCUCUCUCGCUCUCUCUGUUUCUCUCUGUGGUUUUGCUCUAUUUUGAUUUUCCGUCUUCAGGGGUUUGCGAGGUAAGGUCAUAGGAGCCCCCAUCCACAUCCACGUUGUAAAACCACCACCUACAUGACAUUUGCCUCGAAUCGUUUCGGCUCGGCCGGGUGUGAAGAAAAGUUCUCAUUUUGUGGCUAUUUUGGGAUGUUUCGCUCUAAUGUAUCAUUAUCCAGUCAUGAAAGAGAAUUAAAUCAUUGUUGGCUUCCUGUUUC